AUGAGCCAAUCCAAGGAGUGCCGUACUUGUGGGAGCAUCUUUUCCUCCAAGAGCCAUCUGGUUCGACACGAGAAGUCCCAUACCCAAGAACAAUCCGCCCCAUGCACUUUUUGCGGCCGCAUGUUUUCUAGAACUGACUCGGUUCUUCGUCACGCCAAGAAGUGCGAGAAUCGUGCUGGUCGGCCAAUACCCGCAGGCAUUAAACGUGGAAGGGGUCGGAAGGCAUGUGAUCGAUGUGCCUUGUCCAAGCUCGCCUGCGACACAGAUGAUCCAUGCGAGAGCUGCCUAAGCCGCGGCUGGGAAUGUUCUUACGAUCGAGUCGGCGUUGCCUGUGCUCCUGGUUCUCUGCCUGCCAUUCCUUUGCCUGAGGUCAACUGCGAGACCGUUGAGCAAGAAAUCGACAACAGUAUUGAUUCGGACGAUCCACAACCUGCAAGCCCACCGCCGAUCACAAGAAGUGACAGCACGCUCUUCCUUCUUCAAUACACAGCCCGUGAAAACAAGAAUAUCACCGAUUUUCGGAAUGCCCUGGAAUCGUGUUCCAUCCUUCCCCAUGACCCUGGCAGCCCUCCUUGUGGUCUUCAAGACGGAAACGGCAAGUUUCUUUCUCAGGAUGAUUGCAAUGCCUGGGAUGACCCGUUAGUCUGGAAUAAUAUAUUCCCCGCAGGCGCAAUGAUAGACAUACUGGAUGAGGACGGUAUCGGGAUCCCAAGCCUCGAGGACAUAAAUCGAAGCUCACUCGAGCAACGAAUUCCUGAAAUAUUGAACCUAAUUCCUUUGGAUGAUCAUAAUAACCUUUAUCGGCAUAACGGGAGUUCGAGGACGCAGAUCCGGCCAAUAUUCGAGAAAUUGCUCACCAUUAGCAAUAUAUACCGCGCUCUCGAAGCAUUCUUCCGACGGAUGUACCCAUAUAACCUUGCAAUACACCGUCCGACUUUUACUGUUGGCAAGAUAUCGCCUCAGCUCUUUUUGGCAAUGGUCGUAGCUGGCUCCAUAUACGACAGUGUUCAAGAUAUGUCUUCACUUACCUACAAAAGCUUCGACACCUUAGAAUCCAUCAUUUUCAAUAAUAAUGAAUUCGAACUAUUGACCAAUGGGCAUCAUGUCUGCGGCUUGGAUGGCUGUUCAAUGCAUCUCGACCUUCUCAGUGCGGCUGUUAUUGUAAUCUACCUCCAACUUGGAAUGGACGACAGAACGAAACGGAGCCGCAUGCGGAUGAUACGCGUUCCUAUGCUAGUUACAGCAGGUCGAAAUCUCUCACUUUUCAGCACCCUAAAACUCGGUACACAUGAAACCCCUGGUAAUACUUUUGCUGAAAUGUGGUAUGAAUGGAUCAAGACUGAGAAAAGAAUAAGAAUGGCCUUUUCAAUCUUCCUACUUGAUAGUGAACUUGCCAUAUUCUUUAGAACAAUGCCGAGUAUCACUCUGAGAGAGAUGAAACUUGAUUUCCCAUCUAGUGAGGUGGUCUUUCGUGCAAAAACAUGGGGAGAUUGGCUACUAUCAGACCAGACUGCUUCAAGGCUACUCAACCACAAUUUCUCAUCUUGCUUCACAGAGCUCAUUGAAGGGGCCGAUAACGCCAUGACAGAACGAUUGCUGCAGAAGUACAACUUGACUGACCUGUUUUAUGUCCUUUGGGGUAUGUUUCUACAAGUCAUUUCCGAGUAUCUCGCCCUUACGUCAGAGAUAUUCGAACUGUUUUGCUUGUGUUACUAA